AUGAAUAUGUUGGAUGAUGAAGAUGACCAAAGCUUUCACGCUACGCGUGACGGCUACUCCCAUUUGAGCGAUGUCGAUUGGAAUGCGGUUGAACGAAUGGGUUCGACCAUGGGCAUCCAUGCUGUUAGCGUCAUGCUAGAGGCUCUCAAUAGAGAUGCCCAACAUGCUACUAUCGCCAAGUUCAUUCAAAAUGAACUUGACGCAGAACGCGAGAAAGUAGCCUUGCUUCACCAACAUGGUUCUCAACAAGCAGAGUUGUUGAGAGAACAGGGUGCUCAACAGUUUGAACUGUUGAGACAGCAGCAGGCUGCUGCUGGUGGGUCGAUGAUCUCGCGUCGACCCGAAGCCUUGAAGAUUGACAUCUCCAAGUAUAGGGGAGUCGAAGAAGACUCCCUCUUGAGAUGGUUCGUCGAAUUGGAUGACGCCAUAAGGGCGCGUCGCAUCGACGACGGGGAUAUGCCAGUUGCAUUUGCCCAAUCAAAUCUGGCAGGACGUGCCAAGACUUGGGCACUGGGGCUCAAGCUGCACGACCCAUAUGCGUUCGGGUCGUUGGAAGUCUUCAAGUCGCGGCUCAGAAAAACGUUUGAACCGCCUAGAGCUGAGUUCAGAGAUCAAACUGAACUUUUGAAGCUCAAGCAGGGUAGCAUGAUGUGCAUGCUUACGUACAACAUAUACGACAUCUUACGAGUUGUAUAA